AAUAGAUUGUCCAUGAGUAGAUUUCGGUCGCAAACUCAAAAUUCAAAAACAAAUUCGUGAAAAAGUGUGAAAAUACAGAUUUUUUUCCAAUGAAAUGCAAUGUUCCGCAUUUCGGAAGAGUUUAGUGAUUCUUGUUGAUAGUUUUUUACGAAUUUAUGCGUCUAAAUGUGGUAACAUUUGCGAUCACAAUUUGUUGAAGCUCUCUCCUCCCGAUUUUUCGGCUGCUUCCAUAUUUUAUUUUCCUCCACUUGUUCUGGCAGUCUCUUCCUCUUGCCGCUGAGCAUUGUAAAACGCAGCGUUCGAGGAUGAGCACCAAGGAUAAGGAUAACGUACUCAACAAGCUGAAGCAGUACUUUCGCAUCAACAAAACAAGUGGAGCAUCUCAUCGAGAUAGGAACUAUUUCCCAAUAUCAGCAGAAUUAGAACGUGAGUUGCAACCGGAGACACCUGUGGGACAACGUUGCAAAGCUCUUAAAGAUUUCAGCGACAAUGUCCUCAAAUAUCGCUUGGAGAUGGAUGCUGUACAGCUUCUGUGGCAGUUGACCAAGGACUUAAUUGUUGGAAACAAAUCAACUGAACAAAGACAUGUCGCCCUCAACUUCUACUGCAAGCUGAUCCAAGGACAGUAUGACAAUCUUAAAAUGAUGAGGGCUCAAUUCUUCCGGGUGAUUGUUUCACAUGAGGAACCAGAAGACAUUGAAUAUCGACUGGAGAUGUUGAAAAGCCUCACAGAGAAUGGCAAGAACAUCCAAUACUUUGAAAAAGAAAUCGGUUCCUUUUUGGUGCAAUGGAUUCCUCAGAUCGACCAAGCCGGCUUUAUUACUCAGCUUUUGGAUUUGAUAGUAAACCUCGUAAAGUACAAUGCAGCCAGUUUGGAGAAAAAUUUCCUGGUUGGAAUCGUUAACUACAUUUUCGAUAUCACGUGUAAAGUGGAGGAAACUCAAACGAUUUUGCUCUGUCUGUCGGUUCUGGAUUGCUUCAUUUGUUAUGCAAUCAUUCCGAAUGAGACGCUCACCUUGUUCAUUGUCAUCCUUUGCCGGACGGUGAACAGGGAAGCCUUUUGUCAGACGUCAUGGAAGAUAAUGAAGAAUUUGUUUGGAACGGCCCUUGGGCAUGCAACAUUGCUCACCAUGUGUAACAUCUUGAACGAUAAAACUUUCUACAGAGAUGAAGCCCUCCUGCGGGGUGCUAUCUUCCACACCAAUGUUGGACUGUGGGGCGUUAGCGGAUGCCCCGUGCCGAUACUGAAUUGCUCGCCGUCGAUUGUGCUGACGAGUUUCUUGAACGCUCUCAAAAGUGAACAUGUGGUCGUCACUUAUGAAGUCAUCCUCAGCAUCCACCGGUUGAUUCAAAAAAGUGGCACCGAGCUCAAUGAGCCAACGUGGGACAUCGUUUGCGACAUCAUGAACGAAAUAUCGUCCAAUUUGGCGAAAUACAAACUGCCCAACGAAAAUCACGUCGUAAAGCAUUUCCACGAAACACUCGAUCUAAUCGAAGAGUUGCUGCAAAAGGGUGAAAUCAAUGCCGAUCCGGAGAAGAUAUAUGGACUGAUUGAGAAAGUCUCCAUCGAACGUCCGGAGGCUUCGGUGAGAGGAUUGAUUGAGUACAUGACCACAAAAAUUUCAGCAACCCGGCCGCAGUGGCUGCUGGAACUUUGUUCGUUCAUGGAUCGGUUCUACAAGAUGAAGAACACUAUGAUCAGAAUUUACGCCGUUCAAGCGUUGGUUCGUAUAAUGGCAGUCAACCGGGCUAUUUACGAAGAAGAAAUUCUAGAACGCAUAGUGAUUGUCCACUUGGGUGGAAUAGUCCACGAAACCGAUGCAGAAGUGAGAAAGGCAGUGGCAGGUGCAUUGAUCGAAUUUGUUCUCCACUGCGAUACUAAACGUUGCUUUGAGCUGUUGGAAAUUGUGGGUAAAAUGCUUCAUCGCCCUUAUGAUUGCUACGCACAGGACAGGAUAGUGGUACACUCUGUCAAAGAGGUAGAAGACAUUAUCAUUCUGGUGGAUGGAUUGAUCCGCGUUUUCACGGUCAAGUUGUAUCGGGUUCCCUCGACACAUGCAAUCAAGGUGUACCAUUUGCUUAUGCUGCUAUUGGAAGCUCAUUAUGAGAAACCCAUGGUAUUCCAGCAUGUUAACGUUGUUCGAUACAAGAUUUUCAGCUGGAUGUUAAAAGCCCGUGCUAACGCAUCGUUCCACAUUGGAUACCCCGAUCCGGAGAAUGACAACAGAGUGCGAUUCAGUCACUAUCUUGGCAUCGAAGGCCCUUAUCAGCACCAAAGCAUGCAACCACAACAACAGGUGGGCUUAUCACAACAAGCCCAAUCGUCAAGUCAACUGAACCUAGCACAACAGGAAAACAUGAAAACAGUUGACGUCAUGCCUUCAACGAGUCUAACCACGAUUUCAAUCAAACGUGGUUGUCAAAUCAUUGUCGAUUGCCUGAAGGAGGAAAAAGAUUGGCAUGUAGUUCAGCUUGUACUGUCCGAACUGCCAAAUAUAAUGGAAAAUAAAGCACUAAUUCAGGGCAAUGACAUUGAUUCGCUGGCAAAGACACUGUUCAGAAUGUACAACGACAGAAUGCUGGUGGAAAAGCUUAUGUGCUAUCAGUCUAAACCGACUCUAUCCGAUAUCCAUGAUUUAGUUUUGCCAGCACUUGCAAGUUUGGCCACAUAUCAUCAGCAUUUGGAGGCGAUUACUAAGAAACACAUUAUCGACGCCCUGAAGCAGGGACUAAUUUCAAGAAGGCCUCAGGUGUGCAUUCAAACUCUUACUGUUUUGCUGUUGGAAAUGCCGGAUCCGUUGGUGUCAAAGCUCACCGAUUUGCUCUUUGAGCUUAGCAAAAUGGCCAACACGACUACGGUUGCCGUUCCGGUGCUAGAAUUUCUCUCUACUCUUAGCCACUUACCUAAUGAUCGCAUUGCCAAUUUCCGGGUUGUGGAAUAUAUGUAUGUGCUGGCCAUGUCGUUCCCGUAUACGAAUCCAUAUCGUUACGAUCAUUACACCGUCUCUUUAGCUCACCACGUCAUUGCUGGUUGGUUCCUAAAAUGCCGUCUUCCAAUGCGCAAAAAUCUGGUUUACUAUAUAGUCAAGGGACUAGAGUCGUAUGUACACACACCUUUUCAAGACGGGUCCAAACAGCGCACAGACUAUUCCCAGGCUAAUGAAGAUUCAUCAAAUCGCAAGCGUAGCUCGAGCCUCACUGAACAGGGAUCUAAGCGAAGGGAUCGAGCCUCCAUCCAACAGCAAAAUCAAAAGUCCCAGCAACAAGCUACCAAACAAAAUUUCAACAGUGACCUGUACAAUUUUCACUCAGAACUGGCAGAGACUUGCAUUGAUUUUAUGGCAAAUCAUACAUUUUCGCCUUGUUCGGGCUUGGCGAAACGGAAUCCUGCCUCCGAGUUUCUUCUCCGGGGUGGUCAGUCGAACACUUGGCUUGUUGGCCACAAUCUGAUCACCAUUACUACCAGUGGGUGCUCGGCCGUUCCCUUCCGUAACGGGUUGUGCGACCGCUGUUACACAACAUGCCGGGAAACUGCAACCAACAAGUCCGAACCAAGCACCACUAGCACCGGACUGCCCAUGUCUCCCGAGUCCGCCAGUGUCGCCUCGAACAAGGAUUCUGGCGUUGUCGUGCCGGGCAGUGGCAACACGACCGCUGCCGAGACACAGUCUAUCGUCAACAAAAGGUAUACCAAAGCAAGUUUGCAACAUAGUAGUGCUAACGAAUCGGACAGCACCGAUUUGACGACAAGUUCGACUUCUUCCUCGACGGCAGCAACGCCAUUUCCGCAGAGUGCCACCAUAACCACAACAAACCGAUUCUUCCGUCAGGGUUCCCAAGAAGGCUAUUCUUCUGGUUCGUUGGAGACCUUGUCCCGGCGAGGUAGCAAUCCUGACUCAGUGGAAAAUGGGCCCGCUGCAAGUGGUGAACAGCAACCGGUGCGACAGACAGACGGCAGCCGAUCGGAGCCCGGUUUGAUGACGACUCUCGGCAAUAAGCUAAUUUUGCCACAACAGCAAACCGUCAGCAGUUCAAGCAACAGUGCAGUCGUCAGUGGAAAUGUGCUGGAUAAACCUAUUCAACUAUGCGCAUGUUCAUGCACCGGUUGGGCAGAGAUAUGUAUUCGACGUCCUACGGGUGUUCUAUCUUGGAUGAUGCGAGUUCAGAACCAAAUCAACUAUGAUGCUACUUCUGGCGAAUUUCCGUUGCAAGAUCUUACAGCACUUUUUGCACCUAGCCUCGGUGGCGGCAUAGUUGGAGCAGAUUUACUCGAUCGUACUCAACAGAAUGUUUCCAAUGGAAGUUUAAACUUUCCAGCUGCGGGCAAUUCUACAGCAAGUCUUGUAAACGACGACACAUAUAUGGUUGCAUCGCACCCUUUACCGCAGACUCUAACACCUGCUGCUGUUACGCCUAAGGCAAAGGUAUCAAUAUCGGAUGAAGUUUUCGAAAUUAAGAAGGAGGAAGAAAGCAGUGAUGCUGGCGAUGACGACGGAAAUGAAGACGUGUUGAUAUCGGGCAGGGAGGGUACAAACAGUACUGGUCCUAUCGAUAUUCCUAGGUACACAAAGAAAAUCAAAGCUGGAGAUGAAAAUGAUGACCCCAGCAUCCCCGUUGACAUCAGAGAAGAUGACGAGAAUCCGGAUGUAGCUUUUGAUGAUCCUGAGGGACGUUCAAGAAAUCCGGUGCGCAGGGUUAACUCCAGUCCCGAAAUGAGUUCAAACUGGAAGAGCCAGUUUUUAAGCAAGAUUAACAAGGAAGGAUCCAUCGUAAUGCCAUCCGAUGGACAUGAUAGUAUGCUCGAAAGUGACGGACAGCAAAAGAAAAAGAACUACGGAAAAGGAGUAAGUUGUGAAGCUAUUCCGGAGGAAAUUGCAGGUUCAACACCUCCCAGUGCUCCCAGAUCCACUACUCUUGGUGGUGAAAUAAAUGACAAUGUCACCGUUCGGGCAUCAGGAUACGUUAAACAGCAAGCAGACUUCUCCACAUCGGGAGCAACUCUACAUCCGUCGGCAUCGUUACCUGAAUCUGCUGGCCCUGAAACACCGACCAAUGUUGUUCCACGAAAACAACAUUCUGCAGAUGAAGCCAUCACUGCUAAGUCGGACCCUACAAGUUCAUCGACCGAAACCAUUGCUUCUCAAGCGAUGAUGCCACCGAUAACCCAAACAUUAUCCUCAUCAUCAUUGAACCUAAAACUCCCGAUGGAGAAAGUUACCACAAAACCACCACAGUCACCUGCUCCUCUAUCGCCACGACUAUUGGCUCGCAAUCCAAUCAAUGGGAAACUGUCCAAUUCUGGUACCGCUUCUCCAUCUUUCCCAGCCAUUACGGCCGGAGGGAUGGGUCAUGGAAUGCACUCCAAUGAAAACGAUAUACCUAGAGGACGAUCCAAGACUAUUUCCGUUGCUCGAGAACAUUACAGUAGGGACAAUCUCAAAUUUGGCCUCAAUAAGAUCACCAAUCCUCGACUUCGAAACGAACAAUCCGGGGUAGGUGCAGCCUCUCGUUCGGUCAUCAGUCCGAGUUUUGUGUUCUUACAGCUCUACCACUGUGGUCAAUUUGGCUCGACGGAAAGACCCAUUCUCAUGGACAAAGAAACCAGCGAGAGGGCCAUUCACUUGCUAGAUCUAAUUGCCCCAUUCGAGAAGCACAAGAUCGGUGUGCUAUAUGUCGGUCCAGGGCAAGCCGGUAUUGAGGCAGACAUUCUGAAAAACCGUUUUGGCAGUUUGAGAUAUGCCAAAUUUCUGAAAAAACUUGGCACAUUAGUUGCCAUAAAGGAGGCCAAAGAGAACAACUUUUUCAUUGAUUUGGAAUCCAAUGGCAAAGACGGCAACUUCACCUACAUCUGGCAGGACGAUAUCGUCCAGGUAACGUUCCAUGUCGCUACGUUGAUGCCAAAUAAUAAACAGGAUCCGAACUGCAACGAGAAGAAGAAACACAUUGGAAACGACUUUGUAACGAUCGUUUACAAUGAAAGCGGGGAGGAGUAUGAUCUGAAAACCAUCAAGGGUCAAUUCACCUACGCUUGUGUUGUCAUAGAGCCCAUGGAGCUAGAAAGCAACCGUAUAUUCGUGCUAGCGCGAGAUGAGAUUGCGCAGCACGUGUGCAGCAAGCCGAAAAUUGUUUCUGACUCCAGUGCUCCCCUUUUGGCUCGGCAAAUGGCAUUGCACGCCAACCUUGCGUCGUUGGUAUCGCAAUCGUUGAAAAUCAAGAACCAAAACCCUUACGCAUCUAACUGGUUGGAAAGAUUGCGAAAAAUCAAAAACAUACGGGCCAAGGUGGCCAAUCACCCGGACUCCCAGGAACAAACCGCUGCCGCUGGGGGAACUCGAAGUGCUGGUGGAAGUGUCGGAUCUGCUCAGGAUCUCAGCACGGCUUCAACCACACGAGGCGAUGAUUUCACUAUUUAUACUCAGUAGUGUAGGUUAAAAUUGCUUUGAAGAACUCAUCCUUUCUAGAAAGUGAAAGUUUUCAUUCAGGAAGAAUUUGGUUGCCUUGCGCUUUAGGUGUAAAAUAUCUUUCUUAUGUUUGCAUUCAAAGUUGUUCGAAGAACGAAGGCUUCAAAUAAACAUCAUACAA